AUGGCUCGCUCUGUCUCCGUCGCCGUCGUCGCGCCUCUGCUCCUCCUCUCCGUCCUCGUCUCCACCGCGGCCGCCGCACGGGCCGUGGGCGACACCGUGCAGGACGCGUGCAGCAAGACGCAGUUCCCCAAGAUCUGCGUGGACAGCCUCGCGGCGAAGCCGGAGAGCCAGAAGGCGACCCCGCGGAAGCUGGCGGAGCUGUUCGUGAACAUCGCGGCGGAGAAGGGUGCCGGGAUGGCCACGUUCGUGCACGGCAAGUACAACGCCGCCAAGGACAACGCCGGCCUGUUCAAGUGCUACGACAGCUGCUCCGACGACGUGGAGGAGGCGGUGGCGCACCUCAACGGGCUGGUCCGGGAGCCCACGGACGCCAAGUUCCUGGAGCUCAAGUCGUGGCUGUCCUCCACGCUCGGGGGCACCUCCACCUGCGAGGACGCCUGCAAGGACGCGCCCAAGAGCGGCGACAAGGACGACGUCGUCAACUUCAGCCUCGACUUCGAGAAGCUGCAGCGCGUCACGCUGGACCUCAUCACCGAGGCGUCCGGGUCCAUGUCCGCGGGCAUCGCCCUGCCGCCCUCCGACGCCGGGGCGCCCUCCUACGGCGCGGCGGCGCCCGCAGACGCACCCGCCGGCGCCGGCGCCGAGGGCCCUGCUUCCAGCGCCGCCAGCGGCCCGUCGUCUGGUGGUGACGAGCCGGCGUACGGCGGCAGUGCCGCCAGCGGGCCGGCCGCUGCUGAUGCUCCCGCGGCGGCGUCAUCCGGGCCCUCUGGCGCACCAGCGCCAACGUCGUCUGAGUCCUCCGGCGCACCAUGGCCGUCGUCUGAUGGUGGGUCCUCCAGCGCCCCGGCGCCAUCGUCCGGCGACGACGACGACGAUGACGAUUCCGACGCCGACGGGUCAGCUUGA